AUGGCGAUGACCUCGUUCUCGUCCCCUCUUUCUUGGGCUUGUGCCCUAGCCGCAGUCCUCAUCCUCUCCUCCUCCACUUCCUGUUUCGACAUACCUUAUUCCGAUCACUGUUCGUCCUCCGUCCCGGAAUCCGCCCCCUCCGACGGCGCCUUGGAUUCCUCCGCCUCUUUCCAGCUCUCCUUGGGCAUCGUUUUCGGAGCAGACGCCCUCCUCGGAGGAAACUCUUCUGUGUUUCCUACGUCGUUCUUCUUCCGCCGUCAGUUAGUCCUCCCCACACAGACUCCCGGCGUCCUCCAGAUCGCCGCCACUCUCAUUCUCCGCUCGGGAGGCGGUUUAUCCACCGUCCGUGGCAGGCACGUGAUCGAACGCUCUGAUGUUCACUUCCACCAGGUCCGACCUCGGUUCCCGCGGACUACCUUCCUCCAGCGUGGGAUGGUCAGAUUCGAUCUCUCCGGCUACUGGUCCGAGGCCACCGGAAAGCUUUGUAUGGUGGGGAACGGCCAUGGAAGGUCGUUUCAAGGUAACAAUCUCCAACUUUCUGCUCUGUUUAAGCUCGAUUACCCGAAGAUUAUGAACAUUACUUCGAGCUUGAUCAAGGGGAAUUUGGAGAGUCUAGAUGCUUCUGGUAGCUCGAAUCAUUUCGAUCAAAUUUCAGUUUUGGCAUAUGCUCCUAGUAAAUAUGAGUACACACAGAUCUCUCACGCAAAGAAUUCUUGCAAUCGAGUGAAUGCUGAGUCUCUAGGACUUCAAUCUCAUUCUUCAUGCAACUAUCUGAGGAGCCUGUCGAGGAUGCAGUUUGAGUUGCAUUAUGAAAAGAAUUGCUCCUUGAGCUCAUGUGGCCCGUUUGCUCAGAGUUCAAAUUAUACUCCGUACACCAUGACUUUCCAUCAAACGCAAUGCAUGGAUGAUGGAAUGGUGCAUGGCUACGUUGGCUUCUCAAAUUUGAGCAGCUUCUAUCUGGGAACUCGCUUGAUCCCAGGGAAGGCGCUAGUUAGUGAAGGGUUUUGGGAUUUUACAAAACAGCAGCUUUGCCUUGUUGCUUGUCAUAUACAGAGCAUUGAACAUUUGCCGGCCGAAUCUACUGUUGAUGCUUGCACAAUUAGGAUUUGCUUGUGGUUCCCUGCUGUAUGGUCGAUUGAGAAUCGCAGAACUGCUGUUGGGCGAAUUUGGAGCAACAGCAAUGAGAAAUAUUCAGGAUAUUUUGAGCCAGUUUCAUUUUGGAGCACUGACAAUUAUAUAGGUAUUCUUCCAGGUUUGAAUUACAAUUACACUAGAUUGGAAGAUGCAAGGGAGUCUUGUGCAAGUGACAACUCUAAAAGUGCUGGUAAAGAGAAAUAUCCUGAUGGGAAAACUUUUCGUGAUUUUAGAUUUGGUGCAUCUGUUUCAAAUUCUCAAGGAAAAAGGGAAAGGAGCUAUUUUAACCCGGUUUCAAUAGGACAGACAGUCUACGGUAACAUAUUUGGACAAUACGGGGCAUCUUUACCUGUGCCAUUUGAUUCUGAAAGUCACAGUCUCCAAAACAUAAGCUAUGAGAUACAAUUAAUGUUAUCAUCUUUCAGUAUGAAUGAAGCUGUAAAAAUCUCAGCAGAAGGAAUAUACAAUGCUCAAACUGACUGCUUUGCAUGGUUGGUUGUGGCUAUGUUACUUCUUUGGUUGCUAAGCAGCAAAUGGAAAGAGGUGAGAUAA